UGAGGCUACAUUUCUGCUGUGCAGUAUGCUCCUGCAGUACCUUCACCAGGGCAUUCUGCAUACACCAGGUGAAUAUUUCCUGAUGUGCUAGUGCAAUAAUGACCCACCUGCCUCUGCUCCUCUCUGGGGCACUUUCUGUCUAUAGGGAUUGGAAUUAACGACAGGCUCUCUGUGCUGCCUGAUGUCAGAGCUGAGAAAGGUGUCAAGGAUAUAUAAGAGCUGUGUUACUUGCCAGGAAGGAAGAGGGAAAAGGAUACUCCAGAACUAGAUGCAAGCUUGGAAUUGUUGGAUGCACACUUCUGGCUAACAAAGAGGGCUCGCUGGCUUCUCCAGUUAGAUCUGUGACCACAAAAAGAAAGUUUGGAAGGAAAGAUGUGCAACCUAAAGCUGUCAGUUUUCUUCAUUGCACUUUCUGUCACUCUGAGCUGUUUGGAAGCUACACCUAUUGAGAGAUUACUGUCUGUGGCUGAUGAUCUAUCUGAUGGUACUUCCAAGAGACAAGGAUGGAUGUUUCCUGUAAUGUCACAGAAUCCACUCUCAGGACUUAGUGAGGAAAUGCCAGAACAACCAGCAGCAAAGACAAAAAGUCACCAGCUGGAGAAGAGGAAAUGCAACACGGCCACGUGCGUGACACAGCGCUUGGCCGAUUUCCUGGUGCGCUCCAGCAACACCAUCGGGGCCGUUUAUUCACCCACAAACGUGGGCUCCAACACGUAUGGAAAGAGGGACACAGCAGGGCUAUUGAGCAGAGAACCCCAGAAGCACGCACAGCUUUAGGGUGUUGAGAUGACUGCUGGCACUAGAAGCUCGGUUUUUAAUGUAUCAACAACCUCUUGGUCAUUUAUUACUUGUACAGUCUUAGCAGUGCCUUGUUUUCUGUGUGUGUCUGUGGGUGUGUGAUUUAUGUUUAUCAUUCCACUAUGCAUGUGCAGUGACAUGCAUAGGCUAUUCUUUCAACUCCAGAAAUCUGCUUGUUAAAUUUCUUUGUAAAAAUCUAUCGUGACAAUAAAUGGAAAAGUAACUGCAACAAGG